AUGACAUUUGGUGUAUUUUACUGUGUCAAUUUGGAAAUAUUCAACAUUCAGUGCUUUAGCGCUUAACUAUGUCUAACUGAAACUCUCGACCACACUUUUCACCUUCAUAAGAAUAUUAGGAAUGAGUAAAUACAACAUGCUUAUUAUUUAGCACAAAGUAUGUCUUGGAAACAGAAAGACAAGUGUUCAAUCUGUUCUUGAAUUUUAAUCUACAUGCUUACCCGCUACUUGUUAUUACUUUCACAGAACUGAGACUGUCAGAUUUGCAUAGGUGGCAGAAGGUGGGUGCAAAUCCCUAGAGGGGCCCAGGGCCGAUUAAUGAUUAAAAGGAGAUUAUGUGGAGAGUCAGGUGUUGGCUGCCGGUCUCAUUCAGAUGCUCCCGUAGCUGCCUUGUGAUACCUGUGUCAGUAUGACCACUCGGCUCCCUCAACAAAGAAUGAGGACAUCAUGGAGAAAAUAGGCAAACAUGAGGAUGCCAUCAAGUGUUACUGACAAAAGCAGAGAACAUGAAGCCUUCUUCAGUAUGACCAUAAUGCAGCGUCUACACUAUAUCAAUUACGACGACUGGAGUAAGCUGCUUAUGAAAGGACCGACAGAGAACCUACAACCAAACCCCCUCCCCUCAGUCCACUGCCCCCUCUGGAGGAUAAACUGUUCCUUUUCCAAGAUCUACUUACAUCCCACAAUUAAUCCCACCUUCACCUUUAAGGAAUAACUACAAAAUAUAGAAACAAUGGCAGUUUUAAAGGUAAAGUUUACUAAGACCAGGAGGGAUAAGUUGGCCCAGAUCCUGUGGAUCCUCAACUGGAUCUCAGUGGUUACAGGGGUCAUCCUGUUCAGCCUGGGGCUCUUCCUCAAGGUGGAGCUCAAAAAGCGUGAAGAGCUGAUGGCAGAGAAGGACAUCCAGUAUGUCCCCAACAUGUUGAUAGCUGUAGGCCUCAUUGCUUGUAUAAUCAAUUUCCUGGGUGGGAAGAUCUGUUAUGACUGUGUGGACUCCACCAAGUUCUUGCGCUGGAAGCUGAUCAUGCUGCCCUACAUUGUGUGCACCUUCUUUUUCACCCUGUGCGUGCUUGUGGGGGCUCUGAUGUGUUACAGCAUGCACUGGGAGCUGGAGGAGGCUCUGAACCUGGGCCUGAUGCAGGCUAUGAGGUUCUAUAAAGACACAGACAUGCCAGGACGCUGCUUCCUGAAACACACUGUGGACACACUGCAGAUACAGUUCCAAUGCUGUGGGAACAGCGGCUACAAAGACUGGUUUCAAAUUCAGUGGAUAAGCAACCGUUACCUGGACAUGUCCAAAAAGGAAGUCAUAGAUCGACUGAGAAGUAAUGUAGAGGGGAAGUACCUGAUGGAUGGAGUCCCAUUCAGCUGCUGCAAUAUCGACUCACCUCGGCCCUGCAUCCAGCAGCAGAUUACCAACAACUCGGCCCAUUUCAACUAUGAGCAUCAGACCGAGGACCAAAACUUGUGGAUGAAGGGCUGCCGACAGGCACUGCUGGAGUACUACACCCACAUUAUGCAGUCCAUUGGCCUUACAGUCCUCAUUACCUGGCUCUUUGAGCUGUCAGUGCUGACAGGUGUUCGUUACCUCCAGACCUCCCUGGAAAACAUGCUGAGGCAAGGAGACCCUGACUCUGAAUCUGACGGUUGGCUGCUGGAAAACAGCUUCAUGGAAACGGCCCGCACCAACCUGAGCAUCAUAAAGAGCCUCGGCAAGAGCAACCAAAUAAACACAGCCAACAAUGGUGACCCCAACAUUGAUGUCCCAUCCACCUCGAAGGCACAUUAUGGGCCAGACAAUGUUCCCCCAAAGGAGAAGAUGGAAACAAGCUAAACAGAUCAGACUUAUAGACCG